AAAUUAUCUAAUCUAAAAACUAUGCAUCAUUCCUCUCAUUGAAACAUCUUCGUUUCGCUCUGCUAGAAUUUGAAACCAUUGACACACGCAGAAGCGACCCCGCAGUACAGCUAUGAAUCUGGUUCCAUUCCAAUCCGCGGCACGGCCGCCGUGGUUUCCGAUGUUACCGCCUAACCCGCCAAUGUCGUGUGCCUUUUGGGAGACUAAAAAUGUGAAGGAUAGGCUUAGAGAGCUACAAGAUACUCUUGAUCUUGCACAAGCAAUGGAGAAAGAGCUAGAGAUGUUGGCAAUGAUCAAAGAUGGUAAAGGGCGUUUGGAAGAUGAGGGUUAUGUGUCCAAUGGCAUUUCGGUUCAUGGGUUCAAAAAAAAAUUGGAAGAUAAGGGGGUUAGUAUGGAAUCCCAAGAGUCGCGUUCAGUGGAAGCGGUGAAUAUAUUGAUGGCAAAAUUAAGAGCUCAGCUUGAACCAUUUAGGGUGAUCACGGAUGAAAGGACUCCAUGGGAGGAAAAGUCUGCAGCAGUUAGAUUGGCUGAUAAAACACGGAAGUAUAAACAAAAUAAACUUUGGAGGAAAAGAAAGAGGAAGCACAUUGCAGAAAUGCACGCAAAGGAGCGUGAACGAUUUGAACAAGCUGAUCAAGAAGCUGAUGAAUGGAGGGCUAGGGAGAUUGCUAAUGAUAUUGCAAAUCGCAAGGUAGAGAAGAUGAAAGAAGUUGCAAAACUUAAAGCAAAAGAGGAGAGAAAGAGACUAGAAUCGGAGCUUGAGCAGGUAUUAAUUGUGGAGAAAUUGCAAGAGUUGCGUUCCAUCAGGAUCCAAAAAUUGAAGAAACAAGGUCAUUUUCUUCCCGAGGAGGAUGACAAGUUUCUUGAGAGAGUUCAAGCUGCAGUUGAAGAAGAGGAGCGCCAGGCAAUUGCUGCAGCUGACACAGAUGCUGCUAGGGAUGCGAUUGCAACUGCUGAGGAAUCGAGGAAACCCCUCCAGAGUCAUGGGCCUGACUCAAAAGUUCUAAGCAGUGAUAAAGGCAGUAACAAGGAAAGUAUAGACCAAAUAAUUGAAACUGAAAAUAAUGAAGGCCCCACUACAGUCACUGACAGUGAAGGUGGAAAACAAGGAUCAGAGGGACAAGGAUUUAAUGGAGUUUAUGAAUCUUUGGCAAAUCUACCUUUAGAGUUCUAUCAUUAUUAUCAUGGUAGCAAUGCCGAUAUGGGCACGCUUAUUGAGGUGAGAAGAACAUGGGAUGCAUAUAUAAGACCAGGAGGAAGCCGCAUACCAGGGCAUUGGGUUCAACCAUCUCCUCCAGCAGAUGAGAUAUGGGAAUCCUACCUGGUGAGGCCUAAAUGAUGACUUGACUGCAGAGUUUGUGGCUGUUUUUGCUGAAAACAUGGUGGUAUGUUGAAAGUUUGAUAGCAUUUGUGUACUCAUUUUCCCCAUCUGCAUUGUCAAAGAAGUGCUCAACUGCUCAUAUAGCUGGAACGGACCAGAGUCUUAAGUCAUCUAUCGAAACAUGAAGACACUAAAAGACAUUCUCAGAAAGAACAUACAGGAAGGUUUAAAUACCGUUGUUCGAAGUUGCAGCCGAUCAUGAAAAUCUUCUCCUAAAAUUUUGACUGGGUGUAAAGCUUAUUAUCUUGAUGUAUCUUUAGAUCUCAUAUACAUACAUAUGUCCAUCUUACCCAAAUAAAAAAACAGGAUUUAGCAAGCAAUUUCUUCUUGGUGACAUUCAUAUUAUGAGGAAAGAAAUGGUACACGUA